AUGUUUAUUUUUACGGGUAAAACACCAGCAUCUACUACUGCAGUAAAUUCAACAUUUACAUUGUCUUCUGCGACUGGAUCACAACCACCAAUUACAUCUGGUACUUCAUCUGUACCACAACCUUUUACAUUCACUGCUGGUGCACAAAAUACACUAACUGCUAAUCAAUUUGGCAAUUCAUCAACAUCAACUACUCCUGCUAAUUUUACACCUGCAAAUUUUGGUGGUACAUCUAUAUUUGGUACAAAUCAAGCAGUACCAGCAACACAACCAACAAAUAUCUUUGCUUCAAACACCACAGGAACACCAUUUAAAUUUGGUCCGGCAUCUACACAAGCAACAUCUUCUAUUGCAUCAACAACGUCAACAAUGUCCAAUAGUAAUAAUACUUCAGCAACAACAAUUCCAUCUCUCUUUGGCACAACAACAAACCCAGGUCCAUUUCGUACAGCAACAACGAACCUAGCUCCAUUUGGCACAACAACAAACCCAAGUCCAUUUGGUGCAGCAACAACGAAUCUAGCUCCAUUUGGUACAACAACUUCGGGUCCCUUCGGCGCAACAACUUCGGGUCCAUUUGGCACAACAACAAACCCAAGCCCAUUUGGUACAGCAACAACGAAUCUAGCUCCAUUUGGCACAACAACUUCGGGUCCCUUCAGCGCAACAACUUCGGGUCCCUUUGGUACAACAACUUCAGGUCCCUUCGGUAGAACAACUUCGGGUCCAUUUGGCACAACAACAAACCCAGGUCCAUUUGGUACAGCAACAGCAAAUUCAGCUCCAUUUGGCACAACAACAGCAAAUCCAACUCUAUUUGGCACAACAACUUCGGGCUUGUUUGGCACAACAAAUUCUAUGAAAUAUACUACAUCAGGUAGUUUAUCUAAUCAAGCGUUUCUAGCUACAGCAGGAACAUCAACAACUCCGUUUGCAUCUGGUACAAAUACAGCAUUGACAAUGAAUGCAUUUAGAACGUCAAAUCCAACACAAACUAAUCUAGUUGGUACUGCAACAUCUGGAGUACCGAUCACGACAUCAGGUUUUGGGUCAACAAUAUUAACAAAACCAUUAGAUGUUCAGUCAAAUACAACUCAAACAUUAUAUAAUUUUCCACCGAAUACAAAUACAUCGACAUCAUUUAAAUUUGGACCUCCAACGGCUGCCAACACAAGUAUAUUGCCACAAUCAACGACAGCAACAUCCCAGAAUAGCACUUUUCCAAUUACUACAACAAAUAAUAUUAAUGUUCCUACUACAACAACAAUACCAUUUUCAGUUCUAUCAUCUGCAACAAAUAUUUUUCAAACUAAUGUACCAGCAACGACAACUACAUCUACUUUCAAUCCUUCAUUGUUUACAGGUUUACCUGUAACACAAAAUCAACCAACUAUGACAUCAUCAUCAUCAUCAACAAUGAUAUCUCAAGUACAAAAACAAGAACAAAAUACUGAACAAUCAAUUUCAACGAUUCAACAGCAAUUUCUUGCUGCAUCACUUCUUGAUCCCUAUGCUAAUCGUGGAAAAAAAGAUUUUUCUAGUAUUGAUCAAAUUGAAGUACCUAUAGAACCUGCUGUAGUUUCAACUCUACCAGCAACAACCAUCACGACAACAGUAACAACAUCAACACCAAUGCCGAAUACACUUUCAAUACAAACAAAUUUUCGAAAAGGAUCAUCAACUCAUUCAUUAGUUGAUAUUAAUUUUAAGUUAAAACCUGUUUCAUCAUCACCAACACUAAAUGAUACUAUAAAACCAUCUAAUCAACAGUCAACAAUAUCAACCGGACAAAUGAAAAGUACAUUAAAAGAAAAUUUUACUGAUGAAGAAGAACUUGUUUUACUUGGCCAAACUAAAAUAUCCAAAUUACGUUUAUCAAAUGCUAUUAUUGAUCCAUCAUAUCAAUCUAAUUCUAUUCGUUCACUUUAUCCUUCAAGACGUCUAGUUGAACUUGAAAAUUUAAUUAAUAUAAGACCACCAUCUUCUCCAAAAACAACAGUUAAUAACCAACGAAUAUCACAUUCAGCAAAUGAAAAUCGUGAUUUAUCACCAAAUCAUCAUUCAAAUUCAUCGAUUGUUUCUCCACAAUUAUCAUCACCAAUAAUUCAACGUAAAGCAAAACAAAAUUCUCAAGAUUAUCAUUUACCAAUUUUAACUCGUAAUAAUUAUUAUAUGAAACCAACUAUAUCCGAAUUAAAAUCUUUAUUUAAUGAUAAUGGUGAAUGUAUUCUUUCACAAUUUACUGUUGGACAUGAAAAAUAUGGUUCUGUAACGUUUUAUGGUCAAAUUAAUGUUACUGGUCUUAAUCUUGAUGAAAUUAUUGAAAUUAAUCGUCAUGAAGUUAUUGUUUAUCCAGAUGAUAAUAAUAAACCAUUAGUUGGUAAAGAAUUAAAUCUUCCAUCUCGUAUAACAUUACUUGAUGUUUAUCCAAUUGAUCGAAGUACACGUGAAGAAAUAACUGAUAUUGAACGUAUAAAAGCAUUGAAUUAUAAUGAUUAUUUACGUACAAUAACUAAAAAAUUUGAUGGAGAAUUUAUUAAUUAUGGAAUUCAUGAUGGAUCUUGGACAUUUACGGUUAAACAUUUUACACGUUAUGGUCUUGAUGAUAAUCAAAAUGAUUUUAUUGUUAAAUCAAAAAUAGUUAAUCAACCAAUAAUUACUUCAAAUUUUAUUGAAUAUGAUGAAACAAUGUAA